ACUAAAUCCACAUCAUAUCAUAUUUGUGCAACCUUUUGUUUUUUCCCCUUGUAACUUCUCAUGUACCCUUCUCCCAUGUCCCAAAAUUUUCACCCCGCAUAGCAACUUCUCUGAACAAAAAUAGCCACAACAAUUUCAAAAAAACACAUGCCCACAAAGAAAAAAAGCAGUCUUUAUUACUAUCGCCUGUUUUGCAGUUCUGUCUUCCUUCUUUCACAUGCCCAAUAUUCAUUCUUCCCUCCCAAUCUUUUGAUUCUUCCACCACUUUACCAAACAACAAAACCCUAGAUUUUCUCUUUCCAAUCACUUAAUUCUCUGAGUUCUUCACCCAAAAGGCAAAAGAUACUCAAAAUUCCCCCUUUUGCAUUUUUCCUUUCAAUCACAUCCCAUCUGAAUUCUUUGAUUGCUUGAUUUCUUCAACAGCUUCUGCGGUUUUCUCUUUUCAUAAACCCCAAUUUCUCUACGUGGGUCUCUGAAAAAAUGGCACCUUUCUGAUCACGAAUGGGCAUGGCCUAGUGUUUGCAGUUGCAGCGACAAUGUCAGAUGACAUGCUCAUUCAUUUCUCAUCCAACUCUUCCAACCAAUCAGAUCAGUCUCUGCCUACAAAGAUUGCAAAAUUGGAAGCUCGUAUGGUUGGUAAGGGUUCCUCUGCCACUGCUCAGCAAUCAGGUUGGUCUGCUAUGUCAGUUCCUUCAGCUGGGAAAUUUGGUGGAGCUGCUGAAGACUUGACUCAACCUUCCACUUCCAGUGAUUCUGAUGAUGAUAAUGGUGGGGAAUUUUUAAUACAAGCCAACACACAGAAGCGCCAAAGACUUCAUGAAGAUGGUAGCGCUAGUGUUUUGGAACAUGUCGAGGUUGCUACUGAUGGAAGGCAAACUAGUUUGGAAGCAGUGGAGACAAAAAUUAAUGUUGAUGUGAAUAGAAAGAAACAUGGCCGUGGAAGAGGGGGUUCUGGUUCAGGUAGAGGCCGUGGUUCUAGAGUUAAUGAUCAGACCAGAACACAGAUUUCUCCUCCCAUUGUUUUGGCUUCAAAUGGUCAGAUUGAGAAUUUACACCAUAAAGAUGGCAGACUUGUUGAUCAAUUUCAUAAUGAUAAUUAUGCUUCAUUAGAGGAGGAGGUUGCAUCUUUACAAGCAAAAGUUGUAGCAUUGGAGGGGGAAUUGCUUAAAUCAAAGCAAGAAUCUGCUGAAUAUCAGAAUCUUUAUCGACAGUUAGAAAAGGAACUGAAGGAGUUGACUGAUCAAGAACAGCAAAUGAAGCCUAAGAGAAUGAAAAUAAUAUCUGACUUGCUGAUAUCCGUUUCAAAGGCUGAGAGACAAGAAGCAAGGCUGAAAGUACGGCAAGACUCAUUAAGACUUGGAAAUGUUGGUGUAAUCAGAGCUGGAACUGUCAUUUCCGAGACCUGGGAAGAUGGUCAAGCUUUAAAAGAUCUGAAUACCCAGCUUAAACAACUAAUAGAAACAAAGGAGGCAAUUGAACGGCAGCGCAAAUUGUUUAAGAAAAAACAAUCUGAUAAGGGUGAUGGAACAGAUGCAGAGGCUGGAUUACCAGAAGAUAUUAUAAUUCAUGAUGAAAUCUACAAAUCUCGAUUAGCUAGCCUUAAACGAGAAAAUGUUCAGGAAGAAGAAAUUAUUUUGCGGGAGAGGGACCGGUAUGAAUUAGAGAAGGGGAGGUUAAUUCGUGAAAUGAAACGUAUACGGGAUGAAGAUGGUUCACGGUUUAACAACUUUCAGAUUCUAAACCAUCGUUAUGCCCUUCUUAACCUUCUUGGGAAGGGGGGAUUCAGUGAAGUUUACAAGGCUUUUGACUUGGUGGAGCAUAGAUAUGUUGCAUGCAAGCUUCAUGGUUUAAAUGCUCAAUGGAGUGAAGAGAAGAAGCAAAGUUACAUACGCCAUGCAAUUCGGGAGUAUAAUAUUCACAAGACUCUUGUACAUCGUCACAUUGUUCGUUUAUGGGACAUCUUUGAGAUUGAUCAAAACACAUUCUGCACCGUUCUAGAGUAUUGUAGUGGGAAGGAUCUUGAUGCUAUCCUUAAAGCAACACCUAUAUUACCUGAGAGAGAGGCUAAAGUCAUCAUAGUUCAGAUUUUUCAAGGCCUUAUUUACAUGAAUAAAAGAACACAGAAGAUUAUUCAUUAUGAUUUGAAGCCUGGAAAUGUUCUAUUUGAUGAGCUUGGUGUUGCCAAAGUGACUGAUUUUGGUCUUAGUAAGAUAGUCGAGGAUGAUGUGGGAUCCCAAGGUAUGGAACUUACAUCUCAGGGAGCUGGAACAUAUUGGUAUUUGCCUCCUGAAUGCUUUGAGCUCAGCAAGAUACCUCUUAUAUCAUCAAAGGUUGAUGUUUGGUCUGCUGGGAUUUUGUACUAUCAAAUGCUCUUCGGUAAACGUCCUUUUGGGCAUGACCAAACACAAGAGAGAAUACUUCGUGAAGAUACAAUUAUUAAGGCACGCAAGGUUGAAUUUCCUUCUAGACCUACCGUAUCUAACGAGGCAAAGGAUUUUAUUCGGAGGUGUUUAACAUAUAACCAGGCUGAGAGACCAGAUGUAUUAACCAUUGCCCAAGACUCAUAUCUCACUUUCUCAAAGAAGUAGUGACAUUGAUUUGCAUGGCUUCCUUAUCCAGAUUCCACAGAGAAAGAAUGGAGGGUCUCAUCUUCUAACUUCAGUUACUGAUCAUAUGCUAAAUUUUGUAUAGGUUGUAAAGAUUUUGUAAUCUUGUUAAUGAGGCAGAGAGGGUUUUUCCCCAUUGUGAAAGAAAGUCCAGUAGUUGUCUUCAUGCACCAUAUUUUGGUUCAAGAGCAAAUGGCAUGUGGGUUUGUUUUGACUUUAAAAAGGAUCAGGAAGUAUAGGUACUCUGAAGUGAGAAAUCUUUAGUUGAUUUUUUAAUACUCUUGCUCCCAAAUAUAGGAUUUUAAUGCGUUUUGAUUGGUACUUUA